UAUGACAAUCGUAAACAACGCUUUCAUAGCGUCAGUAUUAAUUUACUCAUUCCUUUAUGAUGCUAGACUUUUAUACAUAUUUCUUGGCAUUAUAGGUAAUAAUCAUUAUCAUCCAAUAGUUGUUUACCAGGCAUUAUCUUAUAUCUAUUAUCCUACUAUUGGUUAUGGAUCUGGUAGAAGAAGAUUAUCUUAGGCUCUUUGGACUCCACCAACUGAAGGAGUCAUUCAUAACUUAGUAGAAAUUGAUUUAACCAACACUAUGAAAUAUCUAUAGUCAAAAUAAGCAAAGUAAUAAUUAUUAUCAUUUAUUUAGAGAUUCACAUGUUACUCUAACCCAUAUCUGUAUUAGAGCUGUAGCAGAAUGUAUUAAUGUUAGUAGAAAGAAAAUAUGUGGUAAAAUUGUGUUUGGAAAAUUUGUUGAAUUUCCUACAGUUGAUAUAUCAUGUUUGGUAAACAUAGGAGAGGGUGAUGAUUUGGCUGCAUUGUUAGUUUAAAAUGCUGAUUAAAAGAACUUUGAAGAUAUUGCUGAAUACAUAAAUGGUAAAGCUAAACUAGCUAAAUAGGGAAAGGAUGAAGAACAUCAAUAAAGAUCAGGAUUACUUAAAUACCUUCCUCCAUUGUAAUUUUUACAUUCUAUCAAUUUAUAGUGUUAUUAGCUUAUUAAUUUAAGUGACAUCUUUUCUUACCUAUAAUUUGGGAAUUACUAUUAAAGCAUUAGGUUUGAAGAAAGAUUGUUUUGGAGUUGCCACAGUGACUUCUAUUGGAACACUUGGAUUUAGAAAUGUUAUUGCUCCAUUUACUCCUAUGAUGAGAAAUUUAUUGAUUGUCACUGUUAAUUAAAUUGUAGAAAAAGCAGUUGUUAAGAAUGGAUAAAUUGUUAUUGCACCUACAUUUUAAUUGAACUUUUGUACUGAUCAUAGAUUCUUAGAUGGUGGUGCUAUUGUUAAAUCAAAUAAAGUCUUAUAUGAUGUAUUUGAAAACCCAGAGAAAUAUGCAAGAAAAUGAGU